AUGGGUUUUGGACGUCCUGGACGAGGAGGUGGUGGGGGAGGACGCGGUGGAGGCGGUGGUGGCGGCGGCGGCGGUCGAGGAUUUGGCGGAGGACGUGGUGGCGGCGGUGGUCGUAGUGGUGGUGGUGGUGGUGGAGGCGGGUUUAGAGGAGGACGCAACAAUUUCGAUCAAGGGCCGCCAGAGCGUGUUAUUCCCUUGGGAGAAUUCACCUACACAUGCCAAAACGAUCUUGUUUGUAAAGUUGGCAUCGAUGAUGUGCCGUACUUUAAUGCACCAAUAUUCCUUGAAAAUAAAGAACAAAUUGGCAAGAUUGAUGAGAUAUUCGGCACAGUUCGCGACUAUUCGGUGUCGAUAAAGCUCUCAGAGAAUGUGCAAGCCCACAGUUUUAAGCCAAAUCAGAAGCUAUUCAUCGAUCCUGGUAAACUUUUACCAAUUGCACGGUUCCUUCCCAAACCACCACAGCCAAAAGGUGCUAAGAGAAAGGGUCCUGCAGGUGGAGUUGGUGGUGGAAGAGGACGCGGUGGUGGCGGUGGUGGUCGUGGUGGAGGCGGUGGUCGUAAUAGCUUUGGUGGCGGUGGCGGCGGCGGUGGAGGAGGAUUUAGAAGUGGUGGUGGCCGCAGCGGUGGUGGAGGAUUCGGCAGAGGACGCGGGGGAGGAGGAGGCGGCGGCGGCGGUGGAGGUCGUCCCCGUUGGUAAUUCCAGACUAUAAUUUAAGCAUUUACAAAUAUGUACGUAUUGACUGUAACUCGACUAAAGAUGAUUAAAAGGCGCUGUCGCUGAUAACAAAUUGAAUUGAA